UAGUUUUUGGCAUCCCUUAAAUACAUCACUUAUCCUGCUUUGAACCAAAAUGCAAAUACAUGAGAAAAAUAGAAAAUUAAAAUAUUAUAUAUAUAUAUAUAUAUAUAUACACACACAUAUGCAAGAAAAAGUCAAACCUUUCCUUCUGGCUCGGCUGUCGGCCGUUAGAUGCAAGAAUCUACUUUGAGUUGGGAAACAUGCCCCCCAGCCACUUUUUGACUGGAUAUGGUAAAAAUAUAAAUUAAUUUUUAAAUAGAAAAAUAAAUUAAUUAAAUAUUUAAAUUACUAAUAUUAAUAUUAUUUUAUUUAUUACUACUCUAUUAUUACUAUUAUUAUUUUUUUUUUAAACGAUGGAUAUUCAUACAGCAUUCCCAGUAUAGUAUAUACUUUCCACGUACGCCUAGCUAAUAUAAUAAUAUUAUAUAUCAUUAUUAUUUUUGUUGGUAAUUAAAGUAUAUAUAAGCGACAGCGGCGUGCUGACUGAUAACAAGUAGUGUGGACCGUGGGUUACUUGAAUUCUCUGCUUCCUAAAAGUUAUUAAUCUCAAACUUCAUUUAACUGCCAAUGUUCCAGUGGAUUUCAAUCCCAGCCUUGUAAGGUAAACAAGACCAUCUUUCUUUAAAUUCCGCUUUUUUCAUAUAAAGUCAGUCACAGCUAAUUUAUAAGUGGCUGUUGAAAGUGAUUGAUUUAUUGCUUCUCUAAUUCAUUGGUUUCGAACCUACUACAAGUCUAGUCUUUGAAUUUGAAUACUGUUUUUCUUUUUCCUUUUUUUUUAAUGGUCUUGCAGAUUCACAGUCAGUUCAGUCCUAUUACUCUGAAACUUUUACUUCUAUGAAUUGCUUUCAUGGACAAUUUUACAGUACGUUAUGUUGUAAUCGUGAAGCGCAUCACUGAAACAAUUGGGGGUUUUGGUGCUUAUGAUCUGAUUAUCAGGAAAAUCGAUAAACUUUGAUGGAAGUUUUUAAUGCUUUAUUUUUGGGUAUAAUCAACCUAAAUGUUUUUCCAUGCCCAAAUGAUUCGAUUACCGUUUGAUUUGUCUCAAUUUUGCUGGGGACCUGCAUUUCUGUCUGCUAGAGUGAGUUUAAUUUAAUGGCGUUUGUCUCUCAAAUCUGAUCCUCUGUGACCUAUUUUUCAAUGAUCCGAAUCAUCUUUUUCGGUGACUUUUCCUAUCCUUGUUUGAUUAUCUAGUACUUCAUUCAUCACUUUACCAAUAUCUAAUAUAUAUAUAUAUAUAUGUAUAUAUAUAUUAGGCUUAAUCUCAAUGACACAACGUUAUACUCUUAUGUUGCUGCAGAGAUGGGCUUUUUUGUAUCUUCGCAAGACAUUGACAAGUUAAGGCCUCCAAACACUAGGAUUCGUGUUCAUAUUCAUUUGUGGUAAGUUAAUUGGGGAUUUUGAAACUGUGACUACUGCUUCCCCGUAGACAUGGACUCUUUGAUGGUGGUUGCUACUGUAGCACAAGUAGUUUCAAGCAUGGUAGCUGCUGUUGCUGCGUUAGAACAAGCUUCUAGGACUCUUGAUGAAGCUCCUGAGAGAAUUCGAAGCCUAGAGGACUUUCUUUAUCAACUUGAAACCUUGAGUGGCCGACUUAAGCAAAAACACGUGUACAAACUUCAUGAUCCUCUACUGGAUCACAAAAUUCAAAGUCUGAAUUCCCUUAUACAACGGCUGCGUCCAAAAGUUAAUAUGGCGAGGAGGACUUUGUCAGGAGGUAACAAGAUUAAGUAUAUGGCUAUAGUUGUAUGGAAUUCUAUAGUUGGAGACCCAAUUGGGAAACUAGUGGAUUCUAUUAGGGAUGAUUUGAACUGGUGGCUUGAAUCUCAAAGUACAAAUCUCAAUGUUGAGAAAGAAAUAGAAUCCUUAGCUCAAGAUGUCCCUGCAGUACUUCCAUUGAAAAUAAAGACUGAUAAAAAAGAAUGCUCAAUUCCUAGAAAGGCUGAAAUUGUUAAAGGUUUACUGGAACAAGGGGGUUCUCAUCCAGUCAUUAUGAUUGUUGGUCCAUCUGGUAUGGGGAAGUCAAUUUUGGCUCGUCAGAUUCUUUCUGAUCCUCCUCGGAGAUUUGUAGAUGGAGCGGUUGAACUCAGAUUUGGUGAAUGGUGCAGUAGGUCUGCUUGCAAUGGAAAUGAGUUUGAAUACCGAAAGCGAUUGGCGAGAAAAAUACGUAAGUUUCUAGUCAUGAUCGGGUUUUGGGAUAAGAAUAUGGAUGUAUACUGUGAAGAUCUAGAGCAAAUUUGUUUACUGCUUCAAAAAUCCUUGUACAGGAAGAGCAUUCUGAUUCUUCUUGAUGAUGUGUGGGAGCAGGAUAUAGUUGAGAGCUUUACAAAUCUAUAUGAUAAUGAGUGCAAGUAUUUAGUAACAACAAGAAAUAAAGCAGUUGUCUCCAAAAUAGCAGUAGCUGAGCAGGUAGAGUUAAGCAAAGAUGGGGCAGAAAGCCGCCUUAGUGAAGAAAAGCUACAGGGUAAAGAUAUCAGGAAAGAAGAAACAACUGAAAGGUUAGGACAGGCCAUGACAAAUCUAUUGUCCAGGUUAUAAUUAAUGGCUACAAAUAUGAUCUGAAAUUGAAGUUAUCUGACCAAGCUUAUAGUAGCAUUUUCUGGGUCUUUGGACUGUUGCCCUGAUCUCAAAUGAAUCAGAGAAUCUGAUUGUGGUGUCUGCAGAGACCAUCAACAAUAUAUCGAGUAACAGCGAUUAUUGCAAUUAUUUUUGCAUUGUCCUUCUGGUGUUAACAGCACAAUUGGAAACUCAAAACCAACCUGGUCAAUUGUGAAGAUUCUGAACUAUGGGCUGGACAUGGACUUUAAUGUAUCAAACAUGUAAUGUUACUACGGAGAUAAGAAAAGCAUAAAAAGUAUAAGAAGUGUUAGUUAUACUAAGAUAACUUGAAUAGUACUUAUACCUCUAAUUUGACCUUAA